GUUAGGGUAGGUCUGUAGAGAUCUUGGAAAUUGAGCCCGAGACCUGAAAGCUUUGGGUAGGCUGCGGAGCCUGAUGAUCAUCAGUGGGAUAAGGGAAGUGCCGAUAGUCGUGGGCAAGGGAAUCCGCAAAAAGUUGUCGAAUAUGUGACAGUGAGAACGCCCCUGAACGCAACGCUGUACAAUGAAGGGGAGCGUGCGACAGUGAAGGAGAGGGGGUGGGGUGAGAGGGUGUGCCAGCAUCUAGACCCACGAUUCGGUCUUUGGGUGCCUCCGGCAGCGGCAGCGAGGGUGUUGGCUUGCCUGCGGCUGGCUGGGGACCUCGGUGCCAGUGCGCGCGUGUGCGCAGGGCGGAGGCCCGGGGGCUCCUCCGCGGGUGGCUGUGCCUCGGCGCGGCGGGGUGUGUGAGCGCAGGGUCUGUGAGCGCUGGCACGAGCGGCGCGCACAGCCCAGGCGGCGGGCAGCCUGGGUUAUCUGAGCAGCUCCGUCUUGGGUGGCUGCGCCCAGAUCUCUGAGCGGCAGCGGCGAAGGCGAAACGCGCUGACAGACUUGGGAAGAAGAGAGAAGCCAGCCCCGGGCCCUGGUGGCUGAGGCGGGAGCAGAGCAUGGAACAGAGUCAGGCAGUCCUGAAGUUGAGUUUGCGAGGCGACACGGCGGCGGCGGCCGCGCUGCUCCCGCUUCUCUGCCUCCCCAUGGAUAUGCACUGCAAAGCCGACCCCUUCUCCGCGAUGCACCCAGGGCACGGGGGUGUGAACCAGCUCGGGGGGGUGUUUGUGAACGGCCGGCCCCUCCCCGACGUGGUGAGGCAGCGCAUCGUGGAGUUGGCCCACCAGGGCGUGCGGCCCUGUGACAUCUCGCGGCAGCUGCGGGUCAGCCACGGCUGUGUCAGCAAAAUCCUGGGCAGGUACUACGAGACUGGCAGCAUCAAGCCUGGUGUGAUUGGUGGCUCCAAGCCCAAGGUGGCAACGCCCAAAGUGGUGGACAAGAUUGCUGAAUACAAACGACAGAACCCAACUAUGUUCGCCUGGGAGAUCCGUGACCGGCUCCUGGCUGAAGGCAUCUGUGACAACGACACUGUGCCCAGCGUCUCUUCCAUCAACAGGAUCAUCCGGACCAAAGUUCAGCAGCCUUUCCACCCAACGCCGGAUGGGGCAGGGACAGGAGUGACUGCUCCUGGUCACACCAUCGUUCCCAGCACUGCCUCCCCUCCUGUUUCCAGCGCCUCCAAUGACCCAGUGGGAUCCUACUCCAUCAAUGGGAUCCUAGGGAUACCUCGCUCCAAUGGUGAGAAGAGGAAACGUGAUGAAGAUGUGUCUGAGGGCUCAGUCCCCAACGGAGACUCUCAGAGUGGCGUGGACAGUUUGCGGAAGCACCUGAGAGCUGACACCUUCACCCAGCAGCAGCUGGAAGCUUUGGAUAGAGUCUUUGAGCGUCCUUCCUACCCUGACGUCUUCCAGGCAUCAGAACACAUCAAAUCAGAACAGGGGAAUGAGUACUCCCUCCCAGCCCUGACCCCUGGGCUUGAUGAAGUCAAGUCGAGUCUAUCUGCAUCUACCAACCCUGAGCUGGGCAGCAAUGUGUCAGGCACACAGACAUACCCCGUCGUGACCGGUCGUGACAUGGCGAGCACCACCCUGCCUGGUUACCCCCCUCAUGUACCCCCUACUGGCCAGGGAAGCUACCCCACCUCCACCCUGGCAGGAAUGGUGCCUGGGAGCGAGUUCUCUGGCAACCCGUACAGCCACCCCCAGUACACCGCCUACAACGAGGCUUGGAGAUUCAGCAACCCCGCCUUACUAAGUUCCCCUUAUUAUUAUAGUGCCGCCCCCCGGGGCUCCGCCCCUGCCGCUGCUGCCGCUGCCUAUGACCGCCACUAGUUACCGCGGGGACCACAUCAAGCUUCAGGCCGACAGCUUCGGCCUCCACAUCGUCCCCGUCUGACCGCCCACCCCGGAGGGAGGGAGGACCAACGCGACGCGAAGCCUCUCGGCCACCGUCCCAGCCCCACCCCCAUCCCAAGACCCCCCGCAGCCCUCCUCAUCAGCCAGCCGAAGGCCGGACGGGACGGGUGGAGCCGCGGGCGGGACCCUCCGGCCCAGGCCCCGCCCGCCGCCCCUCCGCGCCCGCCUGGGACUGCGCGGCGUCGCCCCGGCCAAAACUCUCUGGGGCCUGGUAGAAGCCGCCCGGGAGCGGGUCCGCCCCCUGCGGGACGCCGGCCGGGCCGCCACCUUGGGGACGAGAUACAGUUCUGUGACACACAAUCAACGCCGACUGCAGCGCGGCCCAGCGCCCCGAGCAGCCUGCCGGGGAGGGGGGCGCUCCGGCUCCGGGAGGCUUUGCUGGGGGGGCGCUGGGCAAAGGAAAUUAAGCACCAAACGACUUUCUGCAGAAGGAAGAAGAGCCACCUGUGGGGGGUGGGACUCCUUGGCACCUGCGCUGGCAGGGCUGCCCCGCCUUUCGGGUGUGCCUUGUCCCCGAAGGCGGAACGUGCGCCCGAGGGUGGUGCUCUACGGACGGCGUUUGGGGUGUCAAGUCUUUCGCAGGUUGUGGGACCCAAGACAUGUAGGCUGCAGCGAUGGGCACCCACCGAGCCCAGCUCUUGGCUCUUUUCCUCCAUCUGGACCGCCCGGUCCCCGACCACAGCGUCUUUCAUCUGCUGCCCUCUCACUCCCCCUCCCCUGCUACCGGUCAUUUCCCCAGGUUAAGACGCCCGGCGUCCGUGGUUCCUAAGUCCCUGCCUCUCGGGACGCCCUCCGUCUCCCCCCGCCCCGCCCCCCAGCCGCUGCAGGACCCCAUCCCAUAGGCCGCAGGUACUGGUCUUCGGGGGCAGUUACUUGGCACCUCCUUCCCUGACACAGAUGCCCCAACCUGCCAACUAUAGGAGCCCAUUCUGAGCCGUGGACGGCUGGAUGGAAAGUGGACGACUGCCCACUCCACCCCACCCCUCCCUCUCCGGCAGGAAAUGAACAAGAACCGAAAAACAAAACAAAAACAAAGCCUACACUUAUUUAAUAGGAUGGUCUUUGCAAAAAAAAAAAGGAACAAAAGGA